AUGAAGUUUGGUCUCCUCGCCUUGAUCUCCUUUGCCCUCACCUUUGUGGCAGCCGCUCCCAUCCAUGCGCCGGACACCCCAUCCUGGUCCCCCGACUCCCCCUCACUCCGCACCAUUGAAGUUGACGGGCGGAUCUACAUCAUCUCCCCAUCCGACCUAUCGUCCUUCCUCUCACCUUACAACGGUGCCAACGAAUUCCACGGUGUCGAUGCACACGUCAUCCCCACCGACAAAUACCACCGCACCAUAUUCACACCAGUACGCGACGCCGUUGCGUGGGGAUACCAAGCCCUUGGUGAUCGGCGGAUCUACGCGGCGGUCAUGCUCGUCGUUGCGCUGCUCAACUUUAGCAGUAUUGUGCUUGUGCUCCUGUUUUGUCAGAGGACACGGGAGCAAGAGGAGACUAGCAGGAGCGAGGAGGGGUUGGUCCAUGAAGGAGAGGAGAAGGUUGUGCUCAAGGAGUAG